AUGGUCUCGCUCGCUGCGCCCGCCGGCGUCAUGCCUCCGCCAGCCACCCCAUCCCGUCGGCCUACACUCGCGGGGAAGCGCGACAGUUCAUUCCUAGACACCGAUGACGAGUCUGCCCUGUCCACUACCACCAAGAAGCUGAGGGUGGCCUUCGAUCCGAAUGUCGAUAUCCGCAUCAUGGAAGACUGGACGGAGAAGAGUUAUGAUCUGGUUAAGGAGGAAGUGAUUCAAGCAAUCCGCCGCCAUCUUGCCCCCGCAGAGCAAAGAGACGAUGCGCCAUACGUCAAACUCUUGCAACAGCUCCGCCAGGAUGCCUUCUCCAGCGAUUCUUGGACUUCGACACUGCUCAAGAAGUACAUCGUAGCCAUCGACUCUCGCAUGAGCUCGCUGGGCGAAUGUGGGAAGCUGGUCAUUGCCAUUCUCGAUCUCUCAUGGCUCGGCAGAGACGAAGCUUUCGUUGCACUCUUCACCAAAUUCCUUUGGGGCCUUGCCACAGCUCAUGUCAAGUAUGUGCCGGCGAUCGUGGAUAGGCUGGUGCCACACUUCGCAAGGCUACCGGCAUCCCUCGGUCAGCUGCCUGACGAAACACCCGUGUCCCGCACGAAAAUGUUCGCAAGGCUUCAUUCACUUAUCAAGAUCUUGCUCCUGCAAGUACCAUCCGCCAAUUCCGCUCUUGUUCAGGCUCUCAGACUCGAGUUUCCUAACGACCUGGCCACCACAAAAUCGUACCUACAAUAUCAGAAACACCUACUACGCCUAGCCGACCGCAAUGCGGAGCCAAAAGCGGAGAUCCUGGCCUUGCUCGUUCAGCGGCUCGUCAGCAUUGACGUUCAAAUUCAGAAUGACAUGGAGGAUCUGGAAGAGGAGGAAGAGACAGAGCAGAAGCUCUUGCAACACAACCGAUCAAGACGUGUUCACGAUGCUGCGGAGGACUCCGACGACAGUGAUGAUGAUUCAGUCUCGGAAUCCGAGGUGACAAUGACCGAAGAGGAGGAGCGGCUCCGAGAGCUUCGAAUGAAGAUCGAGAAACUGGACGGGACCCUCGAUCUUCUCUUCGACUACUACACACCACUGGUGCAGGACGGGUCACCUGCAGAGUCCAAUGCCGCUUAUCAGCAGCUCUUGUCUCACUUCGCCCACUACAUCCUUCCCAAUCGCACCCGGCACGCGCAAUUCCUGCUCUUCCACUUUUCCCAGUCCUCCCCAGCUCAUACCGACCUCCUCGCCGAGCGUUGCCUGCAGCUAGCGAUCCACGAUGCGGCAACCCCGACACUCCGCCUUUCGGCUUGCGCAUAUCUGUCAAGCUUCAUGGCACGCGGCGCCCACAUUCCCCGACAGUCGGUCCAGCGCGUCUUCGACAUCUUGUGCCACUAUCUCGACGAAAUGCGACAACGCUACGCACCUACAUGUCGGAAACCGGACCGCCGUAGCUACGCGUUGUACUACGCGAUCGCUCAAGCCCUUCUCUAUAUUUUCUGCUUCAGAUGGCGAGAUCUGGCCACGGGCUCCACGACUCCCGAACUUGAUGGUCGCGACUUUAGCGAGGACGACACUCUUGCCGAGGGCCGCGACCUAGCCUGGCUUCCGGGGGUCCGAGACACGCUGCAAACGAACAUCUAUUGCUCCCUCAACCCCCUCAAGGUCUGCUCGCCAGCCAUUGUCGGCGAAUUCGCAAAGAUUGCAAACCAUCUCCGCUUUCUCUUUGUAUUCCCGCUUCUGGAAACCAACAAGCGUUUGCGACUCGACCAAGCCGUCUCCUAUUAUGGGAGCAACGGCGUUCUCGAUAUCGGUCGGAGGGAAACGGCGUGGGACCGUAAGACGGGCGAGGCGCAUCAUCGGCUGGAGGCCUACUUUCCCUUCGACCCGUACCAUUUGCCCAAAAGCAAGCAUUGGGUGGCGAGCGAUUACAAUGAGUGGAAAUUGCCGUACGGAAUGAAACGGGAAGAUGACAACGAGGACAGCGAGUCGUCGGAGGACGAUGAUGACGAUGAAAGCGACGUUGCAUCGCUUCCAGAGGAAGAUGAGCACUUGCCUGUGGCAAGUAUGAUCUCUACGCACUGA